AUGGAUGGCGUAUGGGUAGCACGCCCCAUCCCGGCAGGAAGCGAUGACUUUCAAGAAUCCAUGCCGGACCGCGUCCGCCGGGUCGGUCUGGACAUGGACGAGAUCAAGCGCUACUACCGCGUCUCUGUCUCCCCGCAACGCCAUCAGCGGCUGCGGGCGUUCCUCAGUACCGAGCUCGAUGCCCUUUUCCGCCUCGACUUUGACCGGCUGUCCAAGCAGGACCAGGUCGACUUCCUGCAGCUCCGCAACUAUCUGCAGCGGACCACGCAGCAGCUCCAGGCGGCGCGCGAGCUCAACACCCAGAUUGCGCCCCUCUUCCCCUUUGCGGAUAUUGUCGUCGAGCUGUCCGAGGCGCGCGAAGCGGUCCGGCCUGUCGACGGCGCCGACUUGGCGGAAAAGGUCAAUGCCGUCGCCAAGUUGGCGGAGCAGGCACGGGAAGACGUCGCUGCCGGCAGGAUGAGCGCGUCCAAGACAGCCGCGUUCAAAGCCGCCCAAAUCAUUGCCGAGCUGCAGGACCAUCUGGAAGAGCUGGGCGAGUUCUACGGCGCGUACGAUCCGUCCUUCGACUGGUGGGUGGCGGCACCGCUCGAGCAAGCCGUCAAGGCAGUGCAGGAGCACAAGGCGGCGGUCGAGCACCACCUUGUCGGCCUCGGCCCCGGCGGCCAGGACGAAAUCAUUGGCCAGCCCAUCGGGCGCGAGGCCCUGCUCGUCGAGCUCGAGGCCGAGAUGAUUGCGUACAGCCCCGAGGAGCUGCUGACGCUGGCCCACGACGUCUGGCAGUGGUGCGAGGUGCAGAUGAAGCAGGCCUCGCGCGAGCUCGGCUUCGGCGACGACUGGAAGCGCGCCCUCGACCACGUCAAGACGCAGUUUGUGGCGCCGGGCGCGCAGCCCGCGCUCGCCAAGUCGCUGGCCCUCGAAGGCGCCGCGUUUGUCAAGCAGCACGACCUCGUCACGGUGCCGCGCAUCGCCGACGAGACGUACCGCGCGCGCAUGAUGAGCGCCGAGCUGCAGAAAGUCGCGCCCUUCUUCCUCGGCGGCGCCGGCAUCCUCAUCGCCUACCCGCUCGCCGACAUGCCGCACGACCUGAAGAGGAUGGUGCUGCGCGGAAACAACCGCCACUUUGCGCGCGCCACCGUCUUCCACGAGCUGGUGCCCGGCCACCGCCUGCAGCACUACUACACGACGCGCUACAACACCCACCGCGGCCUGUUCUCGACGCCCUUCUGGGUCGAGGGCUGGGCGCUCUACUGGGAGAUGCUGCUCUGGAACCGCGGCGACUUCUUCGUGUCCGCCGAGGACCGUGUCGGGACCAUGUUCUGGCGCAUGCACCGCUGCGCGCGCAUCAUCUUCUCGCUCAAGUUCCACCUCGGGCAGUGGACGCCGCAGCAGUGCGUCGACUUGCUGGUUGACGGCGUGGGCCACGAGCGCGCCACGGCCGAGGGCGAGGUCCGGCGCUCGUUCGCAGGCGACUACCCGCCGCUGUACCAGGCCGGCUACCUCCUCGGCGCGCUGCAGUUUGACACGCUGCGGAACGAGGUGCUGCGCGAGGGCCACCUGUCGGAAAAGCAGUUUCAUGACGAUGUGUUGCGCGGAGGCAUCAUGCCUGUCGAGAUGAUUCGUGCCCUUUUUCUCGACUUGCCAUUGUCGCCCGACUAUAAGCCUCAGUGGCGGUUCUAUACGAUAUAG